AGAGACUUCCACAGAAGCGAGCUUGGCGCUGUGUCUGAGGGGCCUGGGCUGCCCUGACGAAGCGACCAUGCUUCGGUUUAUUUCCAGAGUUCUUGCCUUCUUCCGGAGGAGGGUGGACUCGUCGGAGGCCGAGAGGGAGCAGCAUAUGAGGCUCUUGGAAGGUGGCACCAGGUUGAAAACUGUGCAAGGAGUUGUGACGAAUAUCUGUAGUGAUUAUGGUUUGAUUGAUGAAUUGAUCUACUUCAGUAGUGAUGUUGUGACUGGCGAUGUCCCUCUGAAGGUUGGACAAGAAGUCACUGCCAUUGUGGGAAAAGAUAAAACACAUGGAUUGAAAGCAAUCAAAGUGGAUGCACUCUGUGACAGUUGCCAUGGCUAUGGGCCCCGGGACUCCUAUGCCAGAGUUUCAUUUGGCUGUGUUUCCACUGUCGUGGAAGGCGCUAACUACAUUGAUCACACAACCUACUUCUCUCUAGAUGUCGUUUGUAAAGGUUUCGAGCCUUACCAGGGGGACCAAGUAGAAGUUGAAUUUUGCACUCCAUCGGACACACUGAACAGAAGGGCCCUGUCGGUGAAGCCUCGGAGACAUAAGCAUGUGCAUGAGGUCUGCAUUACUAGCCUCCAUGGAAGAAAUGGGGUGAUAGAUGAUAGCAUCUUUUUCACCUUGGAAUCUCUGAAGCUGCCUGCUGGAUACACACCUCAAGUAUCCGAUAUUGUUAACGCUGUCGUGGUGGAGAGCAUUCAGUCCUGCUACACUUGGAGAGCAAUUUCUAUGACUCCAGUGAAAAGGUGCUAAUAAGAGAACAGCAUUUGUGUUCCCCGGGCGCCUUCUCUUUUCUUAUCAGCAAAAGGCCUGAUUUAAAUGUGUUUUGUGAAAAAGAGC